AUGCUUGCUGCUCCAUUGACUUCUGCCGCUGGUAUUCUUUCGUUGCUGGACGAACCACAGGAUGAGCUCAAGGCUUACGCGCUGUCCAAGUUGGAUAGUCUGGUGGACCUGUUCUGGGCUGAGGUGUCCGACUCUGUUUCGAAGAUCGAAGUUCUUUAUGAAGACGCUUCUUUCAAGGACCGCGAGCUGGCUGCCCUGGUCGCUUCAAAGGUUUACUAUCAUCUCGGAGAGUUUGAAGAAUCGCUUACAUUUGCUUUGGGUGCUGGAAAGUUGUUUGAUCUGAACCAGCGCUCUGAAUAUGUUGAAACUAUUGUUUCUAAAUGUAUCGACAAGUAUAUUGGUCUUCGUGCCGAGAUGCAAGAGGUUCCUGAUAGAAAAGUGGUUAUUAAUGCCAAUCUAGAGAGCAUUGUUGUUGGCAUUGCACUAGAAACCUUUCGUUUGGAUUUGCUUGAAGAAGUCAUUACAAACGGCAACACUCGUGAGUUGCUCGCAUAUGUCUACGAAGCAAACACAAAGACUAUGCAGAAUAUUGUGUUUCGUACAAAAGUUUUCCAUCUGCUUGUUAAGCUCUAUGGCGUUUUAGAUUCACCAGACUAUAUUUCCAUGAGUCAAUGCAUGGUUCAUGUCAACGAUACUGCCGGAACUACCAACCUUUUGAAUACUUUGAUAGCUGGAAAUGAGACCCAGGUUAUAACUGCAUAUCAAAUUGCCUUUGAUAUUGAAGACAGUGCUCCGCAAGACUUUAUUCUCAAGGUUCUUGUUGCACUUCCUACUCCAGCUGAAUCAGCUGUUGUCGCAGAAGCACCUGUUGCUGCAGAUUCAACUGCCAUGGACACUGAUGAACAGACUCCACUUCUCAAGACUGAGCCUAGUACAACCGACUCUUUUUUGCUCAAGAUCCGCCAAAUCUUAGCAGGAGAUUUGACCAUCAAAUUGAAUCUUGAAUUCCUACAUCGUAACAAUCGAGCAGACUUGCUGAUUCUUAAAAACACAAAGGCAGUGUUUGAUUCGCGCAACUCUGUAUACCAUACUGCUGUUACUUUCUCCAACGCAUUUAUGAAUGCUGGCACUACCAGCGAUGAAUUUCUUCGUCAGAACCUUGAAUGGUUGUCCCGUGCUACCAACUGGACCAAAUUCAGUGCUACUGCUGCAUUGGGUGUGAUUCACAAGGGACAGAUUUCUCAAUCCAUGGCUUUACUAGCUCCUUAUCUUCCCCGUGAAGGGGUGGCUGGGUCACCUUAUUCGGAAGGUGGUGCUCUUUUUGCUCUUGGUUUGAUUAAUGCCAAUCAUGGAACACAGGUUCUUCCCUAUCUUUCCAAGGCUCUUAAAGAUACUCAGGACGAAGUUAUUCAACACGGUGCAGCUCUUGGUCUUGGUGUUGCUGGCAUGUCUACUGGCAAUGAAGAACUAUAUGACGAUCUCAAGAAUGUUCUUUUCAAUGACAGUGCUGUUGCUGGUGAGGCUGCUGGUAUUGCCAUGGGUUUGAUUAUGCUUGGCACUGCCUCUACAAAGGCUGUAGAGGAGAUGCUUCAGUAUGCACGAGAAACCCAGCACGAGAAAAUCAUUCGCGGACUGGCAUUGGGUCUCGCUUUGAUUAUGUUUGGCCGUGAAGAUCAGGCUGAUGAGUUUAUUGAACUACUUUCUACCGACAAGGAUCCUAUUUUGCGAUAUGGUGGAAUGUACACUGUUGCACUGGCUUAUGCAGGUACUGGAAACAACAAGGCUAUUCGUCGCUUGCUUCACGUUGCUGUUUCCGAUGUCAGUGAUGAUGCGCGUCGUGCAGCUGUAACUGCCAUUGGAUUUGUAUUGUACAAAUCUCCACAGCAAGUACCUCGUGUUGUACAACUUCUUUCAGAAAGCUUUAAUCCUCAUGUCCGUUAUGGAGCUACACUUGCUUUGGGCAUUUCUUGUGCAUCAACCAACAUGAAGGAAGCCAUUGCACUUCUUGAACCCAUGGUUAAAGAUCCAGUAGACUUUGUUCGUCAAGGUGCCAUGAUUGCUCUGGGUAUGAUUCUUAUUCAACAUAAUGAGGCCUCUGCACCCAAGCUUAACACUAUUCGCAAGCUUUUUGAAACUACCAUCUCUGAUAAGCAUGAGGAGGUUAUGUCCCGCUAUGGUGCAGUUCUUGCUCAAGGUAUCAUUGACGCCGGUGGUCGCAAUGUCACCAUCUCAAUGCAAACACGAUCAGGCUUUCCCAACAUUCCCGCUAUUGUCGGUACAAUACUGUUUACCCAUUUCUGGUACUGGUUUCCUCUGACACACAUGCUUUCGUUGGCAUUCACUCCAACAGGUGUAAUUGGUUUAAAUCAAAAAUUGGAAGUGCCUAAAUUUGAGUUUGGAGUGUCUGGAGCGAAUCAGCAAUUAUUCGCAUAUGUUCCUCCAACCAAAGUCCCCACAGCUGAAGUAGUUGAAAAGGUUGCUACUGCCGUAUUAAGUACCACUAUCAAGGCCAUGGCUCGUGCUAAGAAGGCCGAGAAAGCAAAAGACAAGGAUGGUGCUGAUGAUGCUAUGGAUACCGACGAAAAAAAGGAUGCAUUACUGGAAUCUAUUGAAAGUCCUGCUGCUGGUCCUGAUCGCAAGCGCAAAAAGAAGGAAUUGCCUGAGGUUGAAGUUAUGCAAGAGUUUGUUGAAAACUUUUCGCGAGUUGUACCUUCUCAUGUUCAGUAUGUAACAUUCAAGGAAAAGUCUCGGUAUGUGCCUAUCAAGAAAGAGUCAAUUGGUGGCAUUGUUAUGCUGAUGGAUACACGUCCUACUGAGGCUGAGGAGUUGAUUGCGAUUAGUUUGUUUGGACCUAAAAACACGACCUUGGACUCACAAACUCCUGUACUUUCUCCAGUCGAUCCACCACCGGCCCCACCCCAAAACCCCGGGAAUAUGUGAAGUCCUGUUAGAAAACUUCCAGAUUAGUUCAUCUUUUUGCUUUUUAAAAACAGAAUCGUCGCAAAGUUGAACAAGGGUUUAAGAUUUACAGCCGUAUUCACGUAAAAUGAAACACUUGUAUGCAUUUUGCAAUGACUCUAUUUUUCCCGGAAUAAACAAUGGUUAAAUAUUCGG